AUGGCACCAGGUUUUGACCUUGACAAGCUGCCGGGCAGUUUGCCUUCGCAACUAGUCCCAGAGGAUGUCGAUGUAGAAAUAGUCCAAAAGUCGGCUCAACAAACACUGGACAAUUUGGGCGCCAGUGGUCUGCAUAGUUCAGCAUUGUGGAGGGACUGGCUCGCGCUCACAGGUCAGAUUCGAACAUUCUACAGCUCUGAAAAGAUUGCGGAGUUGUGGAACGGGCAAGUCAAAUCCCAGCACGUCACGGAUAUUGAGACGAAGGCUGGUCGUAUCACUAAACCCGUUCCGACGAGUUCAUGGGUCGACAUCCCGUUCACUUUCACCACGAAGCAAGAAAGCGGACUGGUCGGCAACUGUACAGGUACCGCCUCGCUGACCCCAGAUGAAGACGGGAAAUGGAAAAUCUGGAUGCUCGUGACAGUUCUAGAGAAUUUUGCUGACCAGGGACACCCCGAUAUUCCUCGGGCGGUGGAUGGCGCGCUGGGCAACGGCAUCGUCAACGGCGUCAAUGACCGCCAGAAGAGAUCAGAGGGCGAAUAUCAUUUUGAUGUGGUAGUGAUCGGGGCAGGUCAAUGCGGCCUCGCCGUUGCCGGCAGGCUUGCCGCCCUUGGGGUUGACUAUGUGCUUCUAGAGAAGCGGCCUGCCGUGGGAAAGAAUUGGACUCAACGAUACGAGUCGGUGAGACAGCAUACCGUGCGCGAGUACAACAAUCUUCCCUUCGAGCGUACAUGGAAACCCAACGACCCAUUAUUGCUUCCUGGCAAGAUCGUCGCAGAAGGUUUUGAGAACUAUGUUAGAAAAUACAGCAUCAAUCUGUGGACGAGCGUGGACACCACAGGAGCAACCUGGGUUCCAGAGAGCAGACUCUGGACGCUGGAUGUCACGGUCAACGGAAACGAAAAGCGAAAGCUCGUCUGCCGCCACCUUGUCGUCGCCACCGGUGCAGGUGUAAGUGUCGACAACGACCCGAAGUAUCCCGGAACCGACCAGUACCAGGGCACGCUGUUGCAUUCAGGGGCGUACAAGCAUAGCCGGGAUUGGGCAACCAAGGACGGCAUUGUCAUUGGAUCAGGUACUACGGCGCAUGAUAUUGCUGAAGACAUGUAUCGAGCAGGUCUGCGGUCCGUCACCAUGAUCCAGCGCAACAAGACCGCGAUCUACCCAAUUGAGUGGAUUGUGAAGGGGCAACAGGGCCUCUACAAUAAUAACAUCCCAACUGCCGAUGCCGAUGCCUUGGUCGCCUGUCGCCCCAAUAAGAUUCUGCGUGACAUUCUGAAGGUAAUCCACGAGGCUGCCGCAAGCCAGGAGCAAGACCGUUUCGACGACCUCGAGCAGGCUGGGUUCCGGGUUGACCGAGAGACACCCUUGAUGGACAACAUCUUGUCGCGCUACGGAGGGUAUUAUAUUGACAUUGGCGCUUCGUCCCACAUUGUGAGAGGCGAGAUCAAGGUGAAAUCCGGUGUGCCCAUUACCACGUUCACUUCCAAGGGCCUCAAAUUCGAAGACGGAAGCGAGCUCCAGGGAGAUGUAGUGGUGGUUGCCACCGGGCAGGACCACGACUAUCGAAAUCAGGUCGCAGAGGUUGUUGGAAAGGACUUUGCGUCGAAAUUAAGUGAAUUCUGGGGACUUGAUGAAGAGGGGGAAGUUCGGAACGUCAUGAAGCCAGCAGCCCCGGGGUUCUGGAUGUUUGGGGGCACCGCAGCUCAAGCACGUUGGUGGUCUCGGUUCGUGGCUCUCUCCAUUCAAUCCGACGUGCUAGGGAAGCCGCUUGAGGGUGUAAAGAUAGCUGGGUAG